CACCUACAUACUUCGUAGUUACAUCCUCUCUUUCUCCUCACUCUUUGCCCAGCUGCACAAGUCCUCCGCGUCGAGGUCUCCGGAGUUUGGUCAACGGCAGCAUCCCGUUCUCGAUGCGGUCGAUGAUAUACAAGCUCCAUCCGUGCAAAUAAACCGAGCUACCAAGCCCUGCAACCCAUGGAUGCAGCUCUGGUGAGUGCAGCAACAGGGGUGCUGAAACCCGUCCUGGGGAAGAUGACCACUCUGUUGGGCGAUGAGUACAAGCGUUUUAAGAGGGUGCGCAAGGAGAUCAAGUCCCUCACUCAUGAACUCGCUGCCAUGGAUGCUUUCCUCAUGAAAAUGUCAGGGGAGGAGGAUUCCGAUAUGCAGGACAAAGUUUGGAUGAAUGAGGUUCGAGAGCUGUCCUACGACAUGGAAGACUCCAUCGACGACUUCAUACAACACAUUGACGACAAAGAUACUAAGCCGGAUGGAUUUAUGGAGAAGAGCAAACACUUGCUAGAGAAGAUGGGAAAGAUGAAGGCUCGUCGGCGGAUUGGUAUCGAGAUACAAGAUUUGAAGAAACGGAUAAUUGAGGUGGCCGACAGGAAUGCAAGGUACAAGACACGUGAGACUUACUCUAAGACCCAUGAGGCCUUCUCUAACACUAGAAAUGAAGUUGCUGACCCUAGAGCUCUUGCUAUCUUUGAGCAUGCAUCAAAACUCAUCGGAAUUGAUAAACCCAAGGCCGAGGUAAUCAAGCUAUUGACGGGACUGGAUGGAUGUUUGUCAGAGAAACAACAACUGAAGGUGGUCACCAUUGUCGGAUCUGGAGGAAUGGGCAAGACAACUCUUGCAAACCAAGUGUAUCAAGAGCUCAAAGAGAAAUUCAAGUGCAAGGCUUUCGUGUCGGUGUCGCGAAAUCCAGACAUGAUGAAUAUCUUGAGAACCAUUCUUAGUGAAGUUAGUUGUCAACCUUAUGCUCACACUGAAGCAGGAAGCCUAGAACAAGUGAUUAGCAAGAUUAGUGAUUAUCUAACCGAGAAAAGGUACUUUUUAUACAUUUCAAUUCACUUUCAUCCAUUAAGAUUUAUAUUGAUGUUUUUUCAUUAUAAAAUCAUGUGUAGGUAUUUUAUAGUGAUCGACGAUAUAUGGGAUGUUAAAACAUGGGAUGUUAUUAAGUAUGCUUUCCCUAUGACCAUAUGUGGCAGUGUAAUAAUCACCACUACUCAUUCGACUGAUGUUGCAUGUUCAUGUCGUUCAUCAAUUGGUGGCCAUAUUUACAAUAUAAGACCUCUUAACAUGACCCACUCAAGACAACUGUUUCAUAGAAGAUUAUUCAACUCUGGAGAAGAAUGUCCUCCAUCCCUUACAAAAGUUUCUAACCAAAUAUUGAAAAAAUGUGAUGGGAUGCCUUUGGCGAUAAUAUCUAUAUCUGGUCUGUUGGCUACUAGAGGAAGAACAGAAAAUUUAUGGAACCAAGUGAAAGAUUCAAUUGGCCGUGCACUUGAAAGGAAUCCUAGCAUCGAAGGAAUGAUUAAGAUAUUGUCAAUUAGUUACUUUGAUCUCCCUCCUCAUCUUAAAACAUGUUUUUUAUAUCUGAGCAUAUUUCCAGAACAUUCUGUUAUUGAGAAGAAAGCACUAAUAUGGAGAUGGAUUGCCGAAGGAUUUGUUCAGAGAGAUGACAGAUAUUCGGCAUAUGAGUUAGGAGAGAGAUAUUUUAAUGAGCUCGUCAAUAGGAGUUUGAUCCAGACUCGUAAGCUGGACAAAUAUGAUAAUGUGCUUACCUGUCGAGUUCAUGACGCAAUUCUUGACUUCAUAGUAUCCAAGUCCAUCGAAGAGAACUUUAUUACUUUCGUUGGUGUCCCCAGUUUAACUAGUAGGACACAAAGAAGAGUUCGUCGGCUCUCCAUGCAAGCCGAAGGGAAAGCAAAUUGUCUCAUGCCGACAAGCCUAAUAUUGUCUCAUAUCCGAUCACUUAAUGUGUUUGGGGAUGAAGUAGAAAUCCCUUCAGUGAUAAAGUUUAGUCAUUUGCGCACAGUGGAUUUUUCAGGAUGCCAUCAAUUGGAGAACCACCAUCUUGCUGAUGUAGGGAGGUUGUUUCACCUAAGGUACCUCAACAUUAGCAGGACAAAGAUAAAUGAGCUCCCAGAACAAAUCAGACAUUUAAGGUGCUUACAGAUGUUGGACAUAAGAGAGACAGAGGUAUACAAUUUACCGGCAUGUAUUGUCAAUCUUGAAAAUUUGGCACAUUUAGCUGUUGGCAAACAUGUUUUAUUUCCCGAGGGAAUUACGAAGAUGCAAGCACUAGAGAGCUUGAAAGAGGUGAAUGCCUGCAAGCAGUCCUGUAACUUUCUGCAAGAGCUGGGUCAACUAAAGAAUCUGAAGAAGCUACACAUUAGUCAUAUGGAUGUUGCACAGGAGCACAAGGAAGUUUUUGCUUCCUCUCUCGGCAACCUAUGCACACGGAACCUUUGUUCUCUGACCACAAGGAAUGUUGAUUACAACAUCUUAGGGAAUACAUGGUGCACUUCUCCCCCGGUUAACCUCCAAAAACUGAAGAUUGUGGAUUGUGUCCUCCCAGAGGUUCUGGAUUGGAUACUAUCAUUUGAAAACCUGCAAAAGUUAUGCUUGGAAAUGGAAUUAAUAUCGCACGAACAUCUCUAUAUCUUUGGAGCCUUGCCUGCUCUGCUCACUCUAAGUCCUCAAGGAAGGAAAAAUCAAUUUUCUUGUAAAGAUGAAUGCCUGGUAGUCAGUAGUGAAGCUGGGUUCCAAUGCCUGAGGAUUUUUACCUAUACGGUGCAGGGAUAUAGAAUCGAUAUACUUUUUGCACCAGGGUGUAUGCCCAAUCUAGAAAAGCCGGAAUUUAUCUUUUUUUAAAACCAAUCUUUCAGCAGUGCACGUUCUUGGUAUUUUGGAGUUAAAAACCUCUCCAGACUCGUCACAUUCAGAUGCGAGUUGCGUUGCUCGGGUGUCACAUCCUUGACGCCGUAAUGGCUUCCCUGGAGAGAGCAGUUGGCAAACAUCCCAACGUCCACCUUACUCUGAUCUUUGAUGCUUCACGCUGUUUGAUUCAAGCAACACCCUAUUCGAAAUAUUACCCUCCAGUUGUCCAGAUACUUCCGUAGCAGAUUGGGCUGGUGUUGGACAAACACGCUAGUCUCUCUGAUUGAAUGGGCUCAAGAUGCUGUUACACUUGAUGAUGCCGUUCUGUUGGAUAUUACGGGAGAGCCUUCUGUUGCUGGCAAUGGCAUCAACAUUCCCAGUACAAGCUACAGCAUCUCUCUUAGUUACAUUAGCAUUGUACUGGUACGGGAAUGAAUGGUAUUCUAUCAGCAAAGUUGCAUGCUGGGUGCUGAAUAGACCUGCCUCUCCCCGAAAAGUGA